AUGGCCCAGGUUGCGGAUCUCCUACAGUCGCUGAAAGAUGCAUUGAGUUCCUCUCCUGACGGCUGGCCGGUACCUCUGCCGGUAGUCGUCGCUGUGGCCGCUGGGGCGAUCCUCCUGCUACUCUUUGUUUCUCUCAACACGAAGCCUCGAAGAAAAGUGGCCCUACACCCCGAGGAAUGGCGGAAAUUUCAGCUCAUCGAUCGCACCAACAUCACCCACAAUGUCGUCAAGUUCAGCUUCUCCCUCCAAACACCUGACACGGUGCUCGGGCUCCCCAUCGGCCAACACGUCAGCCUACAGGGGAAGGACGAGAACGGGAAGGAGUUCAUGCGACCAUACACGCCAACAACGCUCGACACCGAUGUCGGAUGCGUUAAUAUCGUCAUCAAGAUCUACCCCAAUGGCGCCAUGUCUCAGUACCUCAACAAGCUGGAGGUCGGCAACUUCGUCGCCAUGCGCGGGCCCAAGGGUCGCUUCAAAUACCGCCCCAACAUGUGCCGUGCGAUUGGCAUGAUUGCAGGAGGCACCGGAGUGACUCCCAUGUUCCAGGUUGCACGAGCCAUUCUGGAGAAUCCAUCAGACCGCACCAGCAUCUCCCUCAUCUUUGCCAACGUCACAGCUGACGAUAUUUUGCUCAAGGACGAGCUAGAGGCGCUGCACAAGUCAGCGCCUGGUCGAUUCUCCAUCUACUAUGUGCUUAACCAGCCACCGGAAGGGUGGGCGGGGGGAGUGGGCUUUGUAACUCCCGCCAUGAUCCAACAGCACAUCCCUGCACCCGCUUCCGAUGUCAUGGUGGUGCGCUGUGGCCCCCCACCAAUGAACAAGGCCAUUGCCGCUGCCCUGCAGGAGCUGGAUUACUCCAGCGACUCCCUCUUCCAGUUCUAA